CUUGGAAGAUCGACACGACGCAGUUGCUUUUCAUCCCCGAAGCAGACGCAGCUUCAGUACGCGUCACCUCACCUUGUGUCAUGCAGCUGAAAGGUAUAUGAUUACUGCGCGACGCAGCGCAUUUUCAUCUCUUCUAUCCAAUUUUCGCGCAAAGAUUGCACUAUCAACAUCUGUCAGCUACUCUGCUCUAUUCCGCGCUCUUUGAUUCACCUCAAGUAUGCCUUUCGACCUCGAAAACAAGGUCAACGACGUCUAUCAAAAUUCAACGACAACCUUGAGAUGUGUCGAGCAAGGUCCUUUUGAGCUCUCUGCAAUUGUUCCGGAUGUCAGAAACCUCUCGGAGACUCUCAAAUUAUUGUUAGAUGCCUCGAGCCCGUCAAUUGCAUCAUUCGACAUGGCCACUAGGGACCAAGCAUCGGAGCUCUGGAGCGCCCUCGAAGCAUGCGACCGAAAUCUGUUCAACAUCCGAAGCAUUUGGAGUUCUUUCGCCGAACUCGACUGGUCAGAAAAAUCACAAUUCACGGCAGAAACAUUUUUCUCUACUGGUGGAUGUCGUUAUCUACAAGCAAAGCUCAUCAACUUCUCCACAACACUCAAAAGCCUGCUAGUCGGUUUCAAGGUCUCUUCGACAUCGCUGAACUGGCCACCAAGCAUCGAUGUGCUUGGACAGAUACAGGCAGAGCUUUUGGCGGAGGGAGUGGAAGUUGACCACCUGCAAGCACGACAUGAUGAGAUCAAAGCCUACGUCCGGUCGCUUGCUGUUGGUAAUGAGCCUCUGCACGUCGGUCACGAACCACAAAUAUCGAGCCCGCUGGUACCUAUGAUUGUAAUACCGGAGAGUCCAACCACAGCCACGGCUCCUCCACCGAGUCGACAUGUAACUAAUCUAGCAGAUCAAUUCUCUGCACUCUUCGAACCACGAGCGCUUCGCCGACCAUCUGUAGUUGGACUCAUCGCAACCAGCCCUACAAUAAGAACAUCGUCCAAGAAGUCAUUGAUCACGAGAACCGCAUCAGUCAAGCCGGUAACUCAUACUUUGCCACCAUCGCCUGCUCGGAAAGACUCUAUGGACCUCAACUCGUCGUUGAUCUCGCGAUUUUCGACCGCUGUGGCCAAUAUGGCCCUCUCAAAUCUUGGAGGCAAGUCUUACAGCAUACGACCGCCACCUCAGCGGUCUUCUUCUGCCGUCUUCCGAGGUCUUGGGAAUGAGGAAAGAGCGACUGGCGAAUGAAUUGGGCGCAAUGAUACAGCUUCACUGAUAGGUUCCCGAUCAAGAUCUCAGCCAAGCAAGACACUUGACUGCAUGUCGAUCAAAGGUCCAAUGUUUUGAAUCCUAGUCUAAUUGCCCAAGAAGAUGGCAAAGCGAGCGCUGCUCUUGAUGGGCAGGGAGCUGUUUGUCAAAGUGCUUUUAUUGAGUAGUCUGUUUCUGGGCUCUCGAUUUGCAUGUUAAUAAUAAUAAUUACAAAACCCUUUUAUAAACGCUGUCGAGAUGGGCUAGAAGACAAGCAACGAGAGAUACGCGAAGAAAGUAGAUGGAGCAUGGAUCGAUGUCCAGAUAGUUCUAUACAAUGAGCUCAAGCAUUCAGGGAGCCUCCAAC